ACAAGGUACGUGGUCAUGUCUGAGGAGAUACUAAAGAAGUACCCAGAACUUGCGCUUGAAGGCCUUCCAACGGUGAAGCAAAGGCUAGAGAUAUGUAACAAGGCAGUGACACAAAUGGCAAUUGAAGCCUCCCAGGUUUGCAUCAAGAACUGGGGUAGAUCCUUAUCUGACAUAACACACUUGGUUUAUGUCUCAUCAAGUGAAGCUAGACUACCUGGUGGUGACCUUUAUCUAGCCAGAGGACUAGGACUCAGCCCUGCGACUCAACGAGUCUUGCUCUAUUUCGUGGGGUGCUCAGGGGGUGUGGCCGGCCUACGUGUUGCAAAAGACAUAGCUGAGAACAACCCUGGUAGCAGAGUGCUUCUAGCUACUUCUGAGACUACAAUCAUUGGGUUCAAACCACCAAGUGCAGAUAGACCCUAUGAUCUUGUUGGGGUGGCUCUCUUUGGUGAUGGCGCUGGUGCAAUGAUAAUUGGCUCAGACCCAAUAGAGGGUACUGAGAAGCCUCUCUUUGAGCUUAACACAGCAAUUCAAGAGUUUCUGCCAGACACUGAGAAGAAAAUUGAUGGAAGAUUGACUGAGGAGGGGAUAAGCUUCAAAUUGGCAAGAGAACUUCCUCAGAUAAUUGAGGACAAUGUGGAAGAUUUCUGUGACAAGUUAAUGAGUGUUGCUGGAUUCCAGAACAAGGAGUAUAAUAAGCUGUUCUGGGCAGUGCAUCCAGGUGGCCCUGCAAUCUUAAACCGCAUAGAGAAGAGGCUCGACUUGCUGCCAGAGAAGUUGAAUGCAAGUAGAAAGGCUUUGAUGGAUUAUGGAAAUGCUAGCAGCAACACCAUUGUGUAUGUGCUGGAAUACAUGCUAGAAGAGGCCAUUAAGAUUAGAAAGGAUGGUGGAGAUGAUCCUGAAUGGGGCAUGUUGCUUGCUUUUGGACCUGGGAUCACUUUUGAAGGGAUUCUAGCAAGGAACCUGUGUAAUUAACCUUUGAAACAACAUGUGAUGCAAUGUUGUUAUUGUUGUCAUAGAGGUGUGUUGUGUGAUACUGAUAUAUCACUAUCCAAUACAAAUUCAAUGCUUUAAUGAUAAAAUGAAAAAAAAAAUCUAAUAAUUUCGUUUCAACAAAACCCUUAUCAAGGAAUUUUAUAUUAUGCAUCACAAGUUUAUCAUCGUGCUAGAGGGCAACAUUCACAAUUGUGUAACUU